AUGCUGGAGUCCUUGUGGUGGUCCCCAUUCCCCUUCCGAUUGAUUGAGAUGCUUGUUGGCCUGGCCAUUCACGCUGCUGAAAAUGCGUCCCAGCUCAGCGAGAACGUCACUUUCUACACCCACGGCAACGAGGCACUCACUGCUAGUCUUGAGCCCACAGUCAACAAGAAAGGCAACUGGACAGCCCAGCCGCGGGUGGCCAAGCGCUUAGUUAGAGCCGACGGUGACUCGGUCACCCUUGAGUUUGGAGACGGGACGACGAAGAAGGAAAAGUUCAUAGUCCAUCAGCCGCUGACUGUGGCUUCCGGGCCUUUUGUUCAGCAGUUGGGACUUGCCACGACCCCGAUGGGAGACAUUCAGGCAGAAGGGCCGGUCCAUCAGACCAGUGUGCGAGGAAUCUUCGCCGCAGGAGACUGCAUGACCCCGUACAAGGUCAUCCCGGGGGCGAUCUCCACUGGGUGCAAUGCCGCCGUGGGGGCGCUUCUGGAUUUCAUAUUAGCGUACAUCCACACAAUAGGCUUGAACCCUCAAAACUGGUCCAGCCCAAAGAAAUUCUUCGUGACCUUCGAGAUCUGCUUCCUCACCUUCAGCGUCUACAUAGGCAGCGCCAUCUUCUCUGCCGGCAUCCAGGACGUGAUGACCGUCUUCGGCGUCUCCCAGGUCGCGGCAACCCUCGGCCUCACCCUUUUUGUGGCAGGAUACGCCGUGGGACCGAUGGUGUGGGCGCCCUUGUCUGAGAUCCCGCAGGUCGGUCGCAAUCCAGUGUACAUCCUGACGCUGGCCGUCUUCGUGGCACUCCAGGUCCCGACCGCGCUGGCCGCCAACUUCGGCAUGCUAUUGGCCUUUCGGUUUCUCACGGGCUUCAUCGGCAGCCCAGCCCUCGCGACCGGCGGCGCCAGUAUCGGCGACAUGUACACACCCUCAAAGCGGACGUACGGCCUCGCCGUCUGGGGCAUCGGCGCCGUCUGCGGCCCCACGCUCGGCCCGCUCGUCGGCGGCUUCGCUGUCCAGGCAAAGGGGUGGAACUGGGCCAUCUGGGAGCUGAUGUGGCUGUCCGGGUUCUGCCUAGCCGUACUGGUGUUCCUACUCCCGGAGACAUCAACCGCCAACAUCCUCUACCGCCGCGCACGACGCUUGCGCAAGCUCACGGGCAAUCAUAGGCUUGUCUCCGAGGCGGAGCUGGCCGGAAAGGACAUGACCGGCAGGGACAUUUUGUCUAUGACUCUUGUGCGGCCCUUCAGCUUGCUGUUUACCGAGCCGAUCGUGUUUGCGCUGGACUUGUACAUCGCGCUGAUAUACGGGUUGUUGUACAUCUGGUUUGAGUCCUUUCCAAUAGUGUUCGAGGGCAUAUAUGGCUUCUCCCCCGGCACUUUGGGGCUUGCCUAUCUGGGCAUCCUCGUUGGUACGUUUGCUGUGCUGCCCCCGUUUGUGUGGUACCAGCACAAGUACAUCGAGCCCAGAUUCAACGAGAACGGCGAGCUCAUACCAGAGUGGCGCCUCACGCCCGCCUUUGUCGGCGCCUCUGCGAUCCCAAUCUGCCUCUUCUGGUUCGGCUGGACAAGCCGUGCGGAUAUCCACUGGGUCGUGCCCAUCAUCGGCACAUCUUUGUUCAGCGUGGGCGCGUUCCUGCUCUUUAAUGCAGUCCUUAACUACCUGUCUGACGCGUACCCCGAGUAUGCGGCGAGCGUGCUGGCGGGUAACGAUUUCUUGAGGAGCUGUCUGGGUGCUGGCUUCCCGCUAUUUGCCUCCGCAAUGUACAAGAAGUUGGGAGUGGAUUGGGCCAGUUCGACCCUGGGGUUCAUCAGCAUUGUCUUCAUCCCAAUCCCGUUCGUGUUGUUCAAGUAUGGUCAUUGGGUGAGGUUGAAGAGCAAGUAUGCACGGCAUGACCUAUGA